ACGAGGGCGACCAGCAGAGGACGGCCAACAUGGGGCUACGGAGACGCACUGCACAGACCAGGACCCACAGGAGACCCAACAGAUGACCCUCGAAAAUGGAUGAAUUUGAAUUCAGUGUGGACAUAAGUGACCGGGACUGGGAGUGCUUCUUUACUCAGUGUGAGGAGUGUAAUGUACUUCCUCCGUCUCUCGCUGGUCUGGAGGACUCUGGGAUGAGUGACAUGGACGACAUAGCUCUCUUUGCAAAGAAGGCUCAGAAAAGUGAUUUAAACACUAUAGGUCUCCUGGAGGAGGAUGAGCCGGCUGGUUCUCCGUGUGAGGGUCCUGCUGAGGAGCUGUGCCCAGGCAGACACAGCUCAAGGGGGAUAGAGAGCAUCUUGUCUGGCAGCGAGGAGGACAUUCACCUGCAGUCUGUCAAUAUGUUCUUUGAGCAGAUGAAAAGCUCCUCUGAUAGUAAGAGAACAGGCGAGCAGGGCGAGGAGAGAUCUAUGCAAAACAGAGCAGUGCAAGGGGAGCUGAAGGGAGGUGGGCUGUCGGCCAGAUGUAAUGGCCGUGCAUUGCCAAAAAAUAUCCCAAAAGCAGCUACUGGCGUAAAGACCACAGGAGCUGUCAGCACCCCCCGUAACACAUACUCUGUAAGAACAGACGAGUCCAGCUCUGAAUCCUCCACCAGUCUCUACAUAAGGCAUCCUUACCUUAAAACACAACUCUACAUCGAAUCCAGCUCAGAAAACACAGCAAAUGAGCAUGACCCUGUAAACAGGGCCAACAGAUUUACACCUCAUUCAAGCAAAGUGAUAAAUAUGGGUAAAGAAAUGCACAUAUGUAAUGUAAAAGAUUAUUCAGCUCACCAGAAAACCUCACAUUUGAGUAUUCAUCAGAGUCCAGUAGUGAACGGUAAAUGGACAGAGGACAAAAGCACCCAAGUCUCACAGUCGGACACAGACGGCACCCACAAACCGCCGAGCAAGGAGUCAUCACCCUGCACCUCUGUAAAAAGAAAGAGAAGAAAGAAGCGCAGACUCAGUGUUGAACCUGUAGAGAAUCUGUUCACAUGUGACAGACUGUACGACUCUGAAGAUGAGCUGUUUACGUGGAGACGAGCCAUAGAUCCAUGCUUUUGUAAUUGGUCUGGCUUAAAACACCAGCAUCUAAAAUGUGGUUUCAUGCCUCCUUUGGGUCAGUAUACACUCAGCAGUAGCCUCCCAGCCGGAGUGGAGGCUAAAGAUAAUCAGCCUCACCCAAGACACCGUCAAUACCAGAGCGUGUUGACACAAGCUAAUUAUGACCCAACUUUGCCAAAAAUAUGGACUGAUCAUGAAGUGAAAAAUGACUUAGUUAAAUAUAGUGGAAAAGCGAAUGAAGGUUUCGCUGGUUAUAACGAGGUGACUAAACCAAAGGAAGACAUUAAACUUAACGCCAACCAUGUGGAAAGUGUUGCACCCAUUGACACUUCUAGGAACGAGGUCAAAUCAAUAACCGAUUCUAUUUUCCCAUGCGCUGAGUCAAAUGAUCGUAGACCGGCUCUGAGCCAAAUCGACAGAGGAUCUAAUGCUGAGUUGUUCAUGCGUGAGGAGGCUGAAUCCAAGAAAGUCUUGCCGCGUCAAAGAGAGACCGGACCCCAUGAGCAGCUGGAAACCCCGCGUCUCAUCGUGCACCAAAGGAGUCAUAGGGUGGAAAACAUGACACCUCCACCAAAUAAAACGGCUAUGAGUAUUUCUACUGUAACUGUAACAGAUCCGCUUGAUGACAAAACAAGACAUCACAACUUUCAAAGCACUUGCACGACAUCUGAGGAAACUAGUACAACAUUACAUAAGCUAACUCCACUCACCUGUAACCUAUUUAUGGAUGGUAACGUGCAAAAACCAGUGCAUCUUACUGAAAAUGGCUUAAACCAAGAUUUAUCACCAAACCAUGAAAUCACUGAGGUAUGUGAGACUGAAGCACCACAGGAGUCAGUUGAAGGAAGUCUUAUCGCAAGUGGGAAUAUGGAUCAGAUUAGUGAGUUACAAGGAUUUUUGGAAAACCAGUCACGGUCCACAUCAUUCUCUACACUAUCUUCUUGUCAUACCCCGGAAACUGAACCUCUGCCAAAUGAAAAUAUCUUACAGACUUUGGAAUGCUCUGGUCUUUGUCAGGAUGGUCCAAGUUUGUCAGAAGAACGUUCACAAGUCAUUAGUAAGGAUGGAAAAAUGUAUCAAAAUUUGCUGAGAAAUAGUCAGCACGUAUCAGAUAAUGCGGAGGAGCCAUGUUGGGAUGAGGUAGAAGUUGCGUUGACAAAUUGCGAAUCAGAGAAACUGACUGAACCUGUAUUAAAAUCAGAUCACACAGUUUUCGCCAUGUCCUCGUUUUGGAAAGAAAUGGAAAAGUUGACAAUAAAUGAUAUCUUGGGAUUACGAAAAGAGAACAAAGCCCCAUCCAGUUUCCUCCCGUCUUUGCAGGAAGUAGAUGACCCUGACUGCUUUGCCCUGUCUGACUUUGGCUGCUGUACUCAGACAGAAGACAAAAAACUGGGUCAAGAUUGUAAGAACGCACACCCUAGCAUCCCAGGUCCAGUAGACGGUAAUUUGAGUAAUGGUUUAAAAAGUGAAACGUCGUCAAGAAAUGUCCUGUGGGAGAAUGAGCCGGUCCCAAAGCGCCUACAUCCAGAAAAGAAUUAUAACGGUAAGAUAACUCUGAAUGACAUUACUGGACCCAUAAUUACUCCAGGUGUUCAGAGGGGUUUAAGGAGGAUGUCCAAGAAAAUUAGCGUGCAAAAUCUUCGAUCACUUGAAGAAGAGAUGUUUAGCAGCCAGUCUACGCUAAAACCAUUUGAUAAAGAUGCGUGUAAAGAUAUGGGUUACCUUCCAGAAGAUCCUGUGCCUAAUGUUGAUCCCAAACGCUCCUCUAUAAUUGAAAACUUCAGAUUUUCUAUUUCUGAUAUGUAUAGUUAUUUCUUUAGUGAAAAACAACCUGAUUCCAGUCUGGAGUCUCCAACGGAAGAUAUAGUUGAUAAUUUUACCAGUGGCGAUUCCGUGUCUGAAAACUACGAUCAUUUCUUCUCGGAGUUUGACACAGACACCUUCUUCCACGCAGAGGAACGCAAACCUGAGCUGGUGCCUAUUUUUUCAUGCUCCCGAUCGUCAAAAUCAAAAGUGAAGCUUCAUGAUGGUUACAAUUAUUUCCUCGUCUCAUCUUCUGAUAAUUCCAGCUCCGAGUCUGAUGAAGAAGACGGUCCAGAGCGUGCUCCGAUUCGAGUGGUUACGCGGUUCACUCGUAAACCAAGCUCAAACGAUGUCGUCACUGAUGCAUAUGAGAAUUUCUACACAGACCGUGACCUCAAACAAGACUUUUUCAAGACCACUUUCUCAUUUAGAAAUAUUAAUUUAAUGGGAAAUACAAGUACAAACAAAAAUAUGUCAACAAAUGCUUUGGAUGUUAGACCUUUAAAACAACACUCAAGGACAUGUCGUAUCAAAGCAAUGCCCAUAACUCUCCUGGAAAAUCAAGACUUAGUGUUUCCAGAUUCUGUUCUGUGUAACUUCGAUGACGAGAUCCUCACCAGACUACAACAACCUCUAAUAUACGAAAAUCUGCAGACUGCUGUGGCCAAUCCAAACUUGGAUGCCCCGCUGCUUCCUCUCAAACAGUCAGACAUGUGCCUUAUUUGCAUUGCUUUUGCAUCCUGGGUGCUGAAGAGCGCUAACCCACAGGUCGGAGACGCCUGGAAGGCCGUUCUUUUGGCGAAUGUAAGUGCUCUGUCAGCUAUCCGGUAUCUGCGUAAGUACGUCAAAGGCGAGACUGCACCCGGCGAGAAGAAACCCAACCUCAAAGCUCUCAGUUCUUCUUGAAUCAAUGACAAAAUUAUGCACAUUUUUUAUAUUGUCAUAAUUUUGUUACGUAAAGAAAUACAUUAGUUCUGACUGAAUAGGGAUUAUUUGGAUGUGAUUACUAGAGAGAGUGUGAGAUGACCAAAGAAGAGAUGGUGAUGCCUUUACGAGUGUCAAUGUCAAGUCUGACGUGUACUGAGUUGUCUUGUGAAAUUUGACAAGUGGGAACAGAGUUAGUUUCAACAGUUUGAACCUGUUGUUUGAGCAUGUUUGGUUUCAUGUAAUGAU